AUGGUAGAAAAAGUAAAAAAAACAGCAACAAAACCAACUACAGUUACAUCAACAAAAAAAGUUAUUACUAAACCAACUACUAUUUCUCCAAAAUCAACUACAACAUCAACAACCACUAAAUCAAUUCCAAAAAAUGAAAAAAUUGUAAAUAAAAAAGAAAUUAAUGAAAAUGAUAAAUUUAAAAUUGGAAAUAAAAUUGAAGUUUGUGUUAAAGAGAUUAGAGAUUUUGAAGUUAUAACUACUUUUGAAGAUUAUAUUGGUAAACUUCAUGUUUGUAAUAUUCCAUUACCAGAUAAAGAAGGUGAAUCAGUAUUAAAUUCAAUUAAAAAGGGUAAUACACUCAAUUGUUUUAUCGUUUCAAUUGAACCAACUGCAAAAAUUAUCACUUUAACAAUGUUUGAACAAUUAAAACCACAAUCUAAACAAUUUAAAGUUGGUCAACAAGUUGAUGCAAUCGUUUAUGGUUUAACCUCUGUAAAUGAAAUAACUUGUUGGAUUUCACCAACUCAAAUUGGUACAAUUGAAAUUAUUUCAAAUUUUAAAAAUAUUUCACAAUUUAAAUCAUUAAAAGAAAAAAAUACAUUUGUUAAAUGUUUAAUUAAAUCAAUUGGUAUUGAUAAUAAAAUUUAUUUAUCAAUUGGUAAAGAAUCAAUUAGUAAUGAAAAAAUGAAAGUUGGUGAUAUAAUGAUUGGUUUAAUUAAGGAAGUUGGAAAUUUAUCAAUUAAAGUUCAAUUAUAUAAUAACCUAAGUGGUGAAGUUAGAUUAAUAGAUUUAAAUGAUGAGCUAAGAACUAAUCCACUUUCAAUCUAUAAAACAGAUACAUUGAUAAUGGUUUGUGUUAAAUCAAUUGGUAAAGAAGGUAUAUUAUUAUCAACUUAUAAAUCGUUAUUAGGUUUGAAAACUUGGGAAAUGAAUCCAAAAUAUAAACAUCAACGUUCAGUUAAACGUUCAAUUACUACUGAUUUUACAGUUGGUGCACAAGUUUGGGGUUUUGUUAUUGAAAAGACUCAACAAAUCAUUCGUGUUGAAUUAAAAGGUCAGUUGAUUGCAAUUUUACAAGUUGAAGAUGUUGGUCCAUUCUUAUUGAGUAGUUGUGAUGUUGGUCGUUUAGUACGUGUUGUAAUUUCAAGUGAACCAACAAUUGAAGGUUCUUUACAAGUUGUUAAAGCACAUUUACAUGUUGAUAAAACUGCAUUAACACCAAAAACAAUUGAAGUCAAUGAUAUUAUUCCAUUAGAAAUCAUUUCAAUCAAAAACUAUGGUUUAUUUGUUAAAAAUAAAAAAGUUUCAGGUUUAGCUCAUAUCUCUGAAUUGGAUGAUGAACCUGUUGAUCCAGAACAAAUUGAUAAAUUAUAUUCAGUUGGUGAAUUUGUUUUAGGUAAAUGUAUUGGUAAAGAAAAGAAUAAAGAAAAAGGUAAAACAAUCUUUAAAUUCACUUUAAAACCUGAACAUUUUCAAUCAAUUGAUAUGGAACAAUAUCUUAAAUGUAAUUGGGAUCAAGAAGAUCCAAUUGAAGAAAUUUAUCAACCUUUAAAACCAACUAAAAUAAUUUCAACAUUACCAAUUAAAUCAUUUUUAACUCAAUUAUCUGAUUUAACAACAACAAUAAAUAAUAAUAAUAAAAAUAAAAAUAAAUUAGAAACAAUUAAAGAACAAGAAGAAGAAGAAGAAGAAGAACAAGUUGAAAAUAAACAAGAUAAUGAUGAUGAUGAAUUUAAAUCAACAUCAUUAAUUAAUAGUAUAUUAUCAAAGAAAAGAAAAGAAAUUAAUGAUGAUGAACAAAUUGAUGAAGAUGAAAUUACUGAUAGUAAAAAGAAACAAAAAACAGAAAAAAAUAAAAAUAAAAAUAAAUUAGAACAAGAGAUUCAAGAGAGAGAAGAUUUAUUAGCAAAUAAUAAUGUUGCACCAGAAGGACCACAAGAUUUUGAAAGAAUGAUUCUUGGUACACCAAAUUCUUCUUAUAUUUGGAUUAAAUUCAUGUCUUAUUAUCUUGGAUUAAGUGAAAUUAAUAAAGCUAGAGAAAUCGGUGAACGUGCAAUUAAAAAGAUUAUACCAACUCAAGUAUUGGAACAAAGAAAUAUUUGGAUUGCAAUGUACAAUCUUGAAAAUCUUUAUGGUACACCAGAUUCAUUGUUAAAAUUAUUCCAACGUUCAAUUCAAUAUCAAGAUCCAAAAACAAUGUAUCUCACAAUCAUUAACAUUUUGGAAAACACUGGUAAAUUCGAACGUACCGAAGAAUACUUUAAAAUGCUUUUCAAAAAGGAUGGUAAACAUAGUGCAAAGGUUUGGUGUCGUUAUGGUGAAUUCCUCUUAAAAUGCAAUAACAUCGAGGUUUUCAAUUCAAUCUUAUCUCGUGCCCUUGAAAUUUUACCAAAAAAGAAACAAAUUAAAGUCAUUAAUAAAUUUGCUCAAUUGGAAUAUAAAUUGGGUGAUAUCGAAAGAGGUCGUACCAUUUUCGAAGGUUUGGUUUCAAAUUAUCCAAAUAGAACCGAUAUUUGGAAUAUCUACUUGGAUAUGGAAUUACGUGAUAAAGAAUCCAUCAAAUCAAGUAAAGAAUUAAAAGAAAAAAUUAGAAUGCUAUUCAAUCGUACCAUCGCUUUGAAAGUUUCUGAUAGAAAUAUUAAACAAUUCUUUAAAAGAUUCUUACAAUUUGAAAAAGAAUUUGGUUCAAAUUUCACUACAAAUGAAGUUAAAAAAUUAGCUAUUAAAUUUGUUGAAUCAAAUAAUUAA